AUGUUUCAGAAUCUAUGUCACGUCACAAAAACAUCAAAGCUUCAAUAUCUCAAUCUUAGAACUUCAAGAUACAUGAUAAACACAUUUAACCGUGAUUAUGUGACUCAACCGCAACAAGAACUUCCGAAUAGAAACUUAGAUAUGUACAUUGACACAUCUAUUCCU